CGCUCACUCACUCUCUCUCUCUCUCUCUCCAUUGUUUGAAUUUAAGUUCUUUCUCAAACAAAAACAUCAUUACAGAGUGAGACAGAGAUAAGAGAGAGAAGAGAGAGAGUGUUAUAUAUUAUCAAGAACACUCUCAGACGCCAUGGGAGGAGGAGAAGCUUAUCUUCAUCAUCAUCACUCUCAAAACACCCCAUUAUUGCCCAAGUUUCCUCUUAAGAGAACCGGAAAUGUAUGGACGGCUGUAGCACAUAUCAUAACAGGGGUGAUAGGAUCAGGUGUAUUAUCCCUUUCAUGGAGUAUGGCUCAGUUAGGUUGGAUUGUGGGUCCUCUUGCCAUGCUUGCCUUUGCAACCACAACUCUUUUCUCAGCGUUCCUUCUCUGCAACUCUUACCGAUCACCAGACCCUGAACAUGGUCCUGCUCGAAAUCGCUCCUACAUUGAAGCUGUUGAUAUGAAUUUAGGGAAGAACAAUGCUUUGGCAUGUGGCUUUCUUCUCCAACUGACCAUGUAUGGAUUUGGUAUUGCCUAUACUAUCACAUCUGGCAUUAGUAUGAGAGCAAUUCAAGAAUCAAAUUGCUACCACAAAGAAGGGCAUGAAGCCCAAUGUAUAUAUGGAGAUUCUUCUUAUAUGCUACUAUUUGGAGUUGUUCAAAUAAUACUAUCCCAACUGCCUGAUUUUCAUGGCAUACAAUGGCUCUCAAUUGUUGCUGCAAUCAUGUCUUUCGCCUAUGCCCUCAUUGGAUUGGGACUAGGCAUUGCAAAAGUUAUAGCUCACGGCUACAUUGGAGGCAGCAUAACUGGAAUUUCAACAUCUAAUCCAGCUGAUAAAGUAUGGUUGGUAUCCCAAGCCCUUGGAGACGUUGCGUUUGCUUAUCCGUUCUCCAUAAUACUCUUCGAAAUACAGGACACUUUGGAGUCACCCCCACCAGAAAACCAGACAAUGAAGAAGGCGUCCGCAAUAUCGAUAGUAGUUACAACCCUUUUUUAUCUCUUUUGUGGAGGCUCUGGAUAUGCUGCAUUUGGUAACUACACACCAGGGAAUCUCAUGACUGGUUUUGGAUUCUACGAGCCAUAUUGGCUCAUUGAUUUCGCUAACAUCUGCGUUGUCCUUCAUCUAGUAGGCGGUUAUCAGAUAUACAGUCAACCAUUAUUUGCUAAUGUAGAACAGUGGUUGGCUGAGAAGAUCCCACAAAAUGAAGUCUUGAACAAGAAUUACAGACUUCAACUUCCACUAAUCUCAGCUUUUAGACUGAACCCUCUUAGGCUGAGUUUCCGAACAGCCUAUGUCCUAUCAACAACCGUGAUUGCGAUGAUCUUCCCUUACUUCAACCAGAUUCUUGGGGUGUUAGGAGGCAUAAACUUCUGGCCCUUAACCAUAUAUUUUCCAGUAGAGAUGUACUUGAAACAAUCAAAUGUUGAAGCUUGGACAACAAAAUGGAUACUGCUUCGUAUUUUUAGCACCGUUUUCUUGCUUAUAACGGUUUUUGCCUUGAUUGGUUCCAUCCAAGGAAUAAUAAGUGCAAAGCUAAGCUGAGGAGAAGAAGUUGAGAGAUGCACAUUGCAUUGUUAUACAUAAUCUAGAGAGUCAUAAAAGUUAUUUAAUUUGCAUAAUUGCAGUUGAUUUAGGUUGAUUUUUGGUUGGCUGCUAGUUUUUUUAAAUGCAUCCAUAAUUGCACUUGCACAAGUCAAUAAUAUUUCAUGAGUUUAAUGAUUGA